UGACCUAACCGGAGACGCUGGGUCAAGCUGAAUGCUGGCUGUGGCUGCUAGCCGCCGCCGCCGAAGGAGUGCACCAUGUCCACGCUGAUCCGGCAUCCGCGGGCGGCGGGAAGAUAGGGACGGUCUCGGCUCGGCAGGUGCUGCCAGCUCUCCCCUGCUUCUCAGCUGGGGGUGGCUGGGCAGUCAUGGGUGAACCAGGCCAUGAAGAGUAUGAAAUUCAGUCCUUUGAUGCUGAGACCCAGAGAUUACUGAAGACUGCCCUCAAAGAACCUGGUGCUGUGGAUUUGGAGAAAGUGGCCAAUGUGAUUGUGGACCAAUCCCUGAAAGACUGUGUGUUCAGCAAGGAAGCUGGACGCAUCUGCUACACCAUCAUUCAGGCAGAGAGCAAGCAAGCCAGCCAGAGCGUCUUUCGUCGGGGCCUCCUCAAUCGGCUGCAGCAGGAGUACCAGGCCCGGGAGCAGCUCCGAGCCCGAUCCCUGCAGGGCUGGGUCUGCUAUGUCACCUUCAUCUGCAACAUCUUUGACUACCUGAGGGUGAACAACAUGCCUAUGAUGGCAUUGGUCAACCCUGUCUAUGACUGCCUUUUCCGACUGGCACAGCCGGACAGCCUGCACAAGGAGGAGGAGGUGGACUGCCUGGUGUUGCAACUGCACCGAAUUGGAGAGCAGCUGGAGAAAAUGAAUGGGCAGAGGAUGGAUGAGCUGUUUGGUCUGCUGCGUGAUGGCUUCCUGCUUCAGGAGGGGCUCAGCUCCCUGUCCCAGCUCUUGCUCCUGGAGCUUAUUGAAUUCCGGGCUGCUGGCUGGAGAACCACUCCUGCUGCCCAGAAAUAUUAUUACAGCGAGGUUUUGGAUUAGGCUGCCCCAGCCUCAGGCCCCACUCACCAGCACCUUCCAGGAGGUUUCUAUCUACACAUAAUUCACCCUAAGACAGAGCCCCAGGCUCAGGCUCACACACCUGAACUUGUAUUAAAAGAUUUCUCUGUUCCAA